AUGUCGCAAAACGGAAACACAGGCAAGGAUGGGCGGAAGAGGGUCCUCGUUGUCGGCGCCGGUGCUGCUGGCAUGUCGACAGCGUACCAUCUCUCGAACCACCCGGACAAGUUCGAUGUGACCCUCAUCGAUUCGGUCGAUUACUGCGGAGGACAGGCCUUUUCGAUGCCCAUUAACAAGGAGCGACACGGCGCGAGCUGGUUCAACCAGGGUGUACAGGGCGGCAGCUACAUCUUCCACCACACGCUGACCAUGUUCGCCCGCCAAGGCUACCACGCGGAUCCCGUCAAGCUUCAGGUCUCCUUCGGUAAAGACGAUAAGUUCUGGACCAACGUCUUCCCGACCGAGUUCAUCGAGAAGCACCAGGCCGAAGUUCGCAGACUGGCUUUCAUGCUCAAGAUUAUGAGGUGGUUCGAAGUUUUUUUCGCAUUACUGCCGUUGAAAAUUGUCUUCAAACUGUUUCGAUUCUCAGACGAGUUCACAAACGUCGUGGGAUUGCCCAUGACUGCUCUCUUCCUUGGUACUGGCAACGCGACGCCAGAGGUGCCCGCCAUCAUGCUGGAACGUCUUUGUACUUCGCCAACGUACGGAAUGUGGUACCCCGCCGACCCGAACAGCGUCGCCUCUAACCAGCCGCCAAUGGUCGUCUUCCCCAACUUUACCGAUUUCUAUACUACCUGGAAGAAGGACCUUGAGUCUCGAGGCGUGACCGUUCGCUUGUCGACGGAGCUCACUGAGGUUGUCCACCGCAACAAGCGCGGCGUCCUCGUCAAGACCAAACCCCGGACCCCCGUGGAAGACGGACAUAACCCCGUUGGCGGCGACCCAGAUGCAAUCGAGUCAGAGGAACACUACGACGAGAUCGUCAUGUGCGUCCUUGCCGACACCGCUAAGAAGAUCCUGGGCAAGACCUCAUCAUGGCGCGAGCGCAAGGUGCUCGGCUCGGCUACCUUCUCCGACGAUAUCACAAUUACUCACAACGACGCCGACUACAUGAAGAAGUACUAUGAGAACUUUUACGACGAGAAGAAGGCUGUAAAGACACUCGGCAAGAAGGGCGAGGUUGACGAGUCAUCCCGCCUUGCGUUCGCCAAGGACAACUUUAGACCCAUGUACUACAUUCGCAUGUACGACGAUGACCUUUCCAAGCUGGAGAUGUGCUUUGACACCACCAACUACCAGUCCCAGUUCCCCGACAAGGUUCCCUUUGAGCAGCACGUCUUCCAGACCAUCUACCUGAACAAGGACCGCGACCGCAAGCACUGGACCGACAGCGAGAUUGACAAGGACAAGAUCAUCCGCGCCGACUGGUGGCAUCAGCUUUGCCACACAUGGAAGCACUACACCUUUGUCGUACCGUGGAUGAUGUUCCUCCAAGCCAAGAAGCGCGUCCGUUUCGCAGGCUCAUGGACUCUGGUCAAUGCGCACGAGGUCGCCAUCAUGUCUGGUAUUGCUGCCGCUGUCGACAUGGGCGCGGAUUACCCCGAGGAUUUGGAGCACGACAAGUUUGCGCUCUUGUGCUUCAGGCUCUACUAUCUGUUGGCGUAUGGGAAAUGGUAUCGUCGCAAGUUCAAGGACAGCAAGAGCCAGAAGGCCAAGGAUGGUGCGAGCUGGGCUUCUGGGUUAUAUGGCAGUGUGUACAAGGGUCCUGGUGUGGCUGAGCAAGAGAGGUCGGUUUGGAGGGAGGAGGUUAAGGCAGGGCGAAGCACGGAGAACCUGGCGGAUGGGAACAACGGGCGGAGUCAGCCUUAG